UAUAGGACCAAACAUGCUGAAAACGAGGAAGCAAAGGUGUACGUUUAUAACGAGUGUGGUAGCUGUGGUGUUGCUGUUCGUGACUCUUCUGUUGGCCACCUAUGGAAUACCGACAAUCGUCACCGAUGUUAUGGAAUCUAAUCUGCGCCUGGAGGAUGGCUCCAUGGCUUGGGAUGUGUUCGAGGAGGUCCCGUUUCCUUUGGACUUCAAGAUCUACUUCUUCGAAGUCGAGAAUACAGAUAAAAUGUUGACUGGAGAAGAAGCUCCGAAACUCAGAGAGAUCGGACCAUACGUUUACAACGAGAGGCGUUACAAGACUGGUAUAAAAUUGGACGGAGAUCUUGUCGAGUACAGGCAGAGGCAAGAUUUCAGCUUCGACAGGGAACGCACUGAUGAUUCCUUAACUCCCGACGAUAAAAUCACCACGAUCAAUCCUCUGGUUUGGGGUAUCUACCAAUACAUGGAAUCUACCGGCAUGAAGCUUCCCCUCGAUUUGAAAUCCGCCCUCAGUCAAAUAUUGGAUGAGUCUGAACUUAUUCAGAAAUUGGUAGUAAAAGACAUUCUUUUCGGGGGUAUACCUUUCUGCGAUCCAGCAAAGACUAAGUGGGAAGGAAAACUUCUGUGCUUGGUCUUCAUGUUCAUGAACGUGAAAGUAGUCGAAUACAAAGAUGAUGGCUCCAUGAUAUACAGUUUACUCAGAUUCAAAUCCGAAACGGAUGAUGGACUGUACGUGGCCAAAAGGGGCAUUGACGAUAUCAGCCAAAUCGGCAAAAUUAUGUCGUGGAACGGAUUGACUUCCGUCGAUUUCUGGCCAGGUGGUGAAGAAGCAAGUUGCAACAAAGUCGAAGGAAGAGAUAUUAGUAUCUAUCCACCUUACAUUAAAAAGGGCGAAACUUUCAAACUCUACGCCUCAGACAUGUGCAGGACCGCUGAAAUUAUAUUCGACGGAGAGGGGACGUACAAAGAUUUGGACACUUACGAUUACGUUGUAAACAAGAGAUUGUUUUAUCCAGAAGAUGGUGAGAAAGCUGAGGACUCUUGUUAUUGUGCCAAAAAGACUAGAGGCAUGGAUGGUGAAGAAUCCUGUUUUCUGGAUGGAGCUUUGGACGUUCAAACUUGUUUCGGAAUGCCAGCGUUAUUGUCUCUGCCGCAUUUCCUGUACGCCGACAAGAAAUAUUUGGAUGCGGUCGAAAAUUUGAAGCCUGACAUAGAGAAACACAAUUUGGUGAUGCGAUUGCAACCGCUAUUAGGAUUUCCGGUGGUUGGUAACAGGAGGAUCCAGAUGAAUAUGGUGGUGCGACCAAUGUUGUACGGCGGUGAAAUGAUCGAAGAAACUGCAAAAGUUUCGCGCUCCCUUUUACCAUUGAUGUGGUUCGAUGAGGGCAUCGAAUUGAACAACUAUUACUACGAUCUUCUGGACGUGGCUUUGUAUGUGAUGAAGGUGGCUGACAUCAUCAAGUGGGUUCUCGUCGGACUCGCCGCUAUUAUGUUGCUCAUUUCUGGAUCAUUUUACAUUUAUUUCUGGAGGACGGGCAGAUGAGUUAUUUCCUGAUAUUAAAUUAUUAUUAAUCAUCAUAGUAAAUAAUAAAACAUCUCAUCAAA